AUGUAUAUACUUAUCGAAAUUUUCAUCAUUACCAAUUUAAUCAUUGACCAAGUUAUUACUGCUAACGUUUGCAGCAGUGGACAAUGUAAAUGCUCUACUGACUUCACUCUCAUAAAUUGUGAUACAAAAGGAUGGAGAAAUCUGGAUGAUGUUGAUUUUCCUUUAAAUGUUGUUACUUUAACACUAAUUAAUAAUAAUCUCAAAUUUAAUACAAUUACUGAUCUUGCAAAAAUUGAAAAUUUAUCGAAUUUGAUCAAUUUAAGUAUUAAUCAAAAUCCACUUGGAACUAUUCCACCUUUUAAUCAUACACAACUUCGUUUUCUUUCAUUACAAGAUACUUCAUUAACAUCUGCUGAAUUUCCUUCUUCGUAUAAUAAUUCACAUUUACAAGCAAUUUCACUUAGUAAUAAUAAAAUUCACUCGAUCAAUGAAGAAGAUUUUCUAAUUCUGCGUGGUUCUAAUUUAAAAAAAUUACAUAUCGAUAGUUCAAGUAUUUCUAAGAUUGAUCAAAAUGCUUUUAUUCCAUUAACACAACUUCAAGCAUUAUCAUUAAAAAAUAAUCAAUUAAAAUCUUGUGAAUUUCUAUUAAGUUUACAAGCACUUUCUUCAAUUAAACUUGAUGGAAAUCAAUUUACUUCACUACCACAACAAUUAACAACACCAAGAAAUAUUAAAACCUAUUCAUUUAUACAUAAUUCAAUAUCAAUUAUUGAUGAAUCAUCACCUUUAUCUAGAUGGUUUACAAUGAAUUAUACAAAUGUUAAAAUUUUUUUAGCUAAUAAUCCAUUUAAUUGUUGCUUAUCUUUAUGGUUUAUUCGUUUUAUAAAAACAUCUCCACAAUUUGUUGGAGAUGUUUCAGUAUUAACAUGUACUUCACCACUAAUUUUUGCAGGAAAAUUAUUGAUUAAACUCAAUCCAGAUGAAAUGAAUUGUGGUAGUGAUAUACCAAGCAAAUCAUGGUGGACAACUGGUCGAAUUAUCAGUAUUGUCGUUGGAUCUGUUAGUAUGAUUAUAAUCAUGAUUAUCCUCAUCAUUGUUUAUACUCGACGAUAUUCAUCACAUUCCGGUUACGAACCAAUUGGUGGAAAUGAUGAACUAUAUUCUAAUUUAGAUACAGCAUCGUUGGAUGAACAUACAUCAACAAUACCAGAAGAUGACGACGAACUAUUAACGAAUGCAAGUAUUGGUAGUACGAGAAGUAUUGCUCCGACAGAUGCACCAACACAUACGACAGCUGAAGGUGUUUAUGCAGCAGAUGGAAGUUUAGUUGGAGGUUCUCAAAUAGAAGAAGCAGCCUUAAUACAGCAGUUUUGA